UCUGUUGCUGUCACAGCCACUUACUAGCUGAUACACUAAAGACAGUUUAAGGCCAGAUAAAAUUACAAAGCUGAACGUAUGCAUUACAUCAGGAAACGUGUUGUCAUUUGUUAUAUCCAAAAAAGCAACCUGAAGGACUACAUGCACAACUCCCAAGUUUAAAAGUAAAAAGUGUUCACUCACUUUCAAAGUAAUGCCAUCCACAAACAACAGAAACGUUUUCUGGUUUGGUCUGUACCUUUAACAAGUUUACCAAAUACAAUAGUAAAAGCCCUUCUCAACAGGAAGCUCUAAAUCGCGUGAUACAGAGCAUUCUGCAACUCCAAAAAUUUCACAAGUUCCUCUUCCUUCAAGCAGAAUCAUUUCCAGAGAGAUACAAGAAAUGGCAUCUUUCAACAACUUCCAGAAAAUGCUAAUGCUGGCAUUCAACUGGAUUCUGUACAGUGCUGGUGCAGCAGAUACAUGCCAAGUCACUGUAAGACAACCCAGAUAUCAGGAAGCUGAAUAUUCCACCCAAACAGUGUCCCUGCCGUGUGCUUUCUCUGCCUCUGGAUGCUCCCUGUCCAAGCCUCAAGUUCUAUGGUUUCGGUUUUUUACUAACAAGCAUGAGGAUUUGUGCACUCCUAAAUGCACAAAUGAUCAGAAGUUCAAAGUACAAAUAUCAGAAAAUAGCAUUGCACUUCAGAUCAAUGAUCUGACUGUAAAUGACAGUGCUGUUUAUUUUUGUGGAAUAGCAUUUUCAGAUUCAAGUUCAUCCCAUUCUAAGCGAACAGGAGAUGGAACCGUUCUAACAAAAAGAGAGAGGCAUAGCACUGAAGAAUUUAACUGCAUGAUCAUCAUCUCAACCUUACUACUUCUAUACUGCACUACUGUAUGCGCAAUCCUUAUAGUCUACAAGUUAAAACCAAAGCUGCUAAGUAAAAGUGGAAAUGAAGACCAGAGAACAGAGAACUGUAAAAUCACCAGCGGACGAAAAAUUUUUCAAGCAAUUGCCCAAGAACUUCAAAAGCAGAGGUACGCUGAGCACUCCCGACAGCCUGAUCAUCUGGAAGAUGACACUGUUUACCAGAACAGAUGAGUAUGUGCUGCAUUUCCAAUUCGUUGGGCAUUUUUAGUGUAACCAAAGAGGCAGAUGAAGAAGUUAAGCUUCUUCACAGACUUACUUUGCUUUAAAAAGAAAGGAGAAAACCUUACAGGGCAGUGAUCUUCAUAGUGUUUUCUAAACAGACAAUGUUCAAUGCACUUGAUUUUGAUGACCUAUGUUACACAUUAUUUCCCAUUCAGCAUGAAUUUACAUGUAUUUCUUGUAUGCAAAUUAAAACACUUGUGUAAGAUGUACAUUAAUCAACACCAUUAGAAAAUAAACUAAUUUCAUGGUGAAAUUCUGUUUUCAGUCAUG